UUAUCGAGACGAUUCAAUAAAAGAAGUUUUAAAAACAGAAAUAAAUUUGUCAUUACCCUUAAAAAUAAUUAGUUAUAAACAACUUUAUGGUUGGACAAUGGAUGAAAUUGUUUCAAAAAUUGGAAGAAAAAAUAACUGUACUUUUUGUGGAGUUUUUCGAAGACAAGCUUUGGACAGAGCAGCUUUGAUUAUGAAAGUUUUAAAAUUGGCUACUGGACAUAAUGCUGAUGAUGGGGCUGAAACGAUUUUAAUGAAUAUUUUGAGAGGAGAUUUGGGGAGGUUACAGAGAGGGGGAAGUAAUUCUAAUUUGAAAAAUAGUGGAGAAGAUGAUGAUGAAUUAUUACCUAGAGUUAAACCGUUGAAAUAUUCUUUUGAGAAGGUAAGGUUGGGAUGGGACGAAUAUGGGGAUUUUGCCCAGUGGGACAAUAGGAGAUUUGGUAAUCUUCUGCUUCAUUGGUCCCUAGAAAAAAUGAGAAAAAAGUGCUAG